UUGCCCUCCUCCUCCUCCUCCCCUAGAGACAAUUGCUCGUGGAUCCUCCUGUUUACAAUGGCCCAGAGAACUGGACUCGAAGACCCAGAGAGGUACCUCUUUGUGGACAGGGCGGUCAUCUACAACCCUGCCACCCAGGCCGAUUGGACGGCUAAAAAGCUAGUGUGGAUUCCAUCCGAGCGUCACGGUUUUGAGGCAGCAAGUAUAAAAGAGGAGAGGGGAGAUGAGGUUAUGGUGGAGUUGGCAGAGAACGGAAAGAAGGCGAUGGUCAACAAAGACGAUAUUCAGAAGAUGAACCCGCCCAAGUUUUCCAAGGUGGAGGAUAUGGCAGAAUUGACUUGCUUGAACGAAGCUUCUGUCUUACACAACCUGAAGGACCGCUACUAUUCAGGACUGAUCUAUAGUGAAAUGUCAUCAUUUGGAAGACUUGCAUAAUUCAUUGAGCCAGUGUUUUCCAGACGAUGUGUACAUUGUUACAAAAUCACGCAUGGGCAAAAGCUUCUUUCCACACGCAAGAUAAGCCAGUGGAUUUUGAUGUACAUAACAGUAUGAAAGUUCAUCGGCAGGAUUUCAGAUGCCACAUCGCAUCAGAUCUUUAAGAAAUUCUCACUUGUCGUGUUUUGGUGUAGCAUCAAGGAGGUUAGAUCCACGAUUGCUUGGAAAGGCAGUUAAACCACUUUUCCAACUAAAUAUCUGUGUAAGGCUAAUUUUCUUCAUACGCUUCAACCAAGACAACAUAGCACAACAGAUUGAAUGUGAAAACAGAUAUGAAAAUUGAGCUAUUUUUGUUAAGCCCGAUAAUAAAAAAGAUUUGCAAAAAUAUAAAA